AUGGCAGGACCAACGAAAGGGAACGGAGGACGAAAACCUCGGUGUUUUGCGCCACUUGAUCCCUCCGCGCAACAUGGUCAAGAUUUGCCGAAGCUGAAGGGAGUCAUUUUCGACAUGGACGGAACUCUAUGUCUUCCACAGAACUACAUGUUCCAAGAAAUGCGUGCUGCUCUGGGCAUUCCCAGGUCAGUCGAUAUCCUCGACCACAUACGAUCUCUCUCAAAUGAGCCCGACGCUGCCUCCUCCAACACGGAGCAGAAUGGAGGACCACAUUCUACCAUCAACUCCUCCGAACCACCCUCGGAGGAAAUUCUCUCCCACAGCACCUUCAUUGCAGAUCCCACGCCUUCAUCACCUCAAGCACGGGCGGUCGCCAAAAUCCAAGCCAUCGAACGACGUGCCAUGACAUCUCAACGUCCUCAACCAGGCCUUCAGGAACUCAUGGCUCACCUUACCCGCCGUGGUGUCCGGAAAGCUCUAUGCACGAGGAAUUUCCCCGCACCCGUGCAUCAUCUGUUGAGCAAUCACCUGCCCGGUGAAAAGUUUGAGCCGAUCAUUACGCGUGAGACAGGGGGGGUGAAGCCAAAACCUAGCCCGGAGGGACUUUGGAUGAUAGCUCAAGCUUGGGGUUUGGACAGGGAAAUCCACGGCGGUCUGGAGAAUCUGAACUCGACUGCCAAAUCGACACGGCUUGAUCCAUUGGAAUUAGCCAAGCGGUACCUCGGGUCAGGCUUGAUAAUGGUGGGAGAUAGUAUAGACGAUAUGGCCGCUGGCCACAGGGCCGGUGCCGCCACUGUACUGUUGGCUAAUGACGAGAACGAGGAGUUAGCGAAGCAUGAAUAUACUAGCCUCAGUAUAAGGAGGCUUGAUGAACUCAUAGACAUUUUAGAGAGAGGUUUUGUAGAAAACAAAUAG